AUGUAACAAAAUAAAAAAUAGAAAAAAAUUAAAAUAUAUAAGGUAAGUGAUUUAUUAUAUAUUUUAUCGAAAGAGCCGCAUUAAAGAUUACCUUAGGAAAUCCAAACUUUAUAAAAUUGUACUGAACAUAUUAAAUUUUUCAAAGAUUUAACUUAAGCAGAUAAAGGAAAAUCUGAUGUACAUUGCCUUUGUUGUUAAUAUAUGACAUAUGAAAGUUAUAAAAAAGGUUAGGAAGUAAUAAAAAUAGGAAGUAUUGGGGAUAAGUUUUAUAUUAUUUUAAAUGGAUAAGUUUCAAUUCAUAUAAAGAAAUAUUAAGAUUAUGAUUAAGAAAUUCAAAUACAAGGAAAUUAAAAUUAACUUAUUAAUGUAGGCAUUUUAUAAAGUGGAUAGUCUUUUGGAGAAUUGGCUUUAUUAAGUAAUAAACCAAGAUUAGCGACUAUUAUUUGUGAGAGCGAUUGUGAUUUUUUUAUUCUUGAAAAAAGGACUUUAAUAAAAUUUUAAAAAACAAACAAAAAAUAUUAAAUUAAAAAUUAGAUUUUUUAUAAAACAUACCCUUUUUGGCUAAUUUAAGCAAAUAAAAUAUUAGAGAUAUUUAUUCUAGGUCUGUUUAUUAACCUUUCAUUAAAAAAUAAGUUGUUUUUUUAGAAGGAGACGUUUCUUAAUGUAUGUAUAUUAUAACUAGGGGAGUUUUUACUGUAAAAAAAAAUAUAAUAUUUUAUAUAAAAAAAACUAGGCAACUAAAAAGUUCUAUAAUAAUUAAAUAGAUAUAAACGAAAUGAGUAAAAAAAGAUUAGUUAAUUAAGAUUUAAUAGAAUUUAAUACAAAUGA